GCGAACUUUCCCUUCAUGAGUGAAGCUGCGAGGGCUGGGUGACUGGUGAGCACUAACACCACAACGGCUCUUUUCCUGCCUAGGGUGGAUUGCAGAAGCAAAGAGGAGGAGAGAUCUCCAGACAUGAGAAAAGGCCUUCUUGGAAAGCUGCAAGUAAAGUGCUUGAAAAUGGAAUUGCUGCAGGUUUUCAAGUCUAGAUCAGUUGAACACUGGACCUUCUAAAGACAAAGGGGGAUUUCAUUGCUGUUUGAGCCCUUCAAACAAUUUCAGAGCUUCACUCUUCCUUUCUGAAAUGCCCAUUGCAGAAUCUUUCCCAGGUUGCAUUGCAGCGGAAGAUACCUGAAUUCAUCCAGGAAGGAAGUAGCAUUAUGACUCAGUAGGACCAAACACAAACAACCCUAUCCAUUCAGUCAGAGUCAGUCAGUGGAUGGCUCUUGAUAAGGGGCUGGAAUCAGAAGCUGGCUAGAGAAUGGCUCAAUAAAGCAAGUGGGACAUUUUGGACCACAGCCAUUAUUCUACUCACAAUCAUCAGCGUGUGGUGACCUGACAAUUCUUGGAGAAAAUGGCAAAUGGCCACAGCUGCUGUGCAGGAGAGGAGGGGGGUGGGGAUGAUUUCUUUUCUCCCUGUUCUUCCAGGAGGGAGGAAAUGUCCACUUUGGCAGGAAAGACAAUGUGAGGAGAGGCUGAACAGAGAUUAUAUAGUGAGGGGAACAAGUAAUUUUACAUUUCCUCCAGAUUUGCCAACAAGCUGAGGAGAGAUGCUUGCUUUCCUGGCCUGUUUUAUAUUUGGCAGCAAUCUCCUGCCUGUCCAUACGGGUGGCUAUGAGCCUAUACCUUUGCCUUGUAACUUCCCCUUUUUUUUUGAUGGGAAAUCCUACACUUCAUGUACCAAGGAUGGGGCAAUUGAUGAGCAGCUGUGGUGUGCCACCACUGCAAAUUAUGAUAAGCAUGGAAGAUGGAGGUCUUGUUCUCUUCAAGAGUAUGGAGGCAAUUCUGGUGGCAACGCCUGCAUCUUCCCUUUCAUCUACAAGAACCGGACAUUCUACACCUGUACUAAUGAGGAGAGAGGAAGAUUUUGGUGCGCCACUGUGAGAAAUUAUGACUGGGAUCCCAAAUGGAGCUACUGUGCUGACACCAGACUAAAUGCAGAUCCCAAGGGCCCUUGUGUUUUCCCCUUCCUCUACAACCGCACUUCCUAUUCCUCAUGCACAACGGAUGGAAUUUCAAAUAAGAAGCCCUGGUGUUCUCUCACCAGCAACUAUGAUGUCGAUUUGCAGUGGACAUACUGUGAGCCCUCAGGGCCAGAUUCAAAUGGAGGGAGUCCAUCUUGUGUCUUCCCAUUCAUCUACAAUGACAAGUCCUACAGCACAUGUAUGACUGAGGGUAUGAAUGAUGGGAAAUUCUGGUGUGCCACCACCAGCAACUUUGAUGUGGAUAAGAAAUGGGUUUAUUGCAAUGUUACAGGACUAGAUGCAGAUCCCAAGCUCCUUUGCCACUUCCCUUUCAUGUACAACCAUAAGUUCUACUCGUCAUGUACGACAGAUGGAAUGUAUGGCAAGAAGCCCUGGUGCUCUCUCACCGUAAACUACAAUGCGGACUUGCAGUGGACAUAUUGCGAGCCCUCAGGGCCUGGUGACACUAUGGAAAGUCCUUGUGUCUUCCCGUUCAUCUUCCGGGGCAAGUUUUACCACAACUGCACUACAGAUGGGCUUGGAGAUGGGAAGCUCUGGUGUGCUACCACCAGCAACUAUGUUGGCGACAUGAACUGGAAGCUCUGUGAGGACUCAGAAUCUGAGACGCCUCUUGCUCCUGCUCUGGUUGAUCCACAAACCAUUUCACCCACCUCCGUCUUACUGACUGUUCCACAAACCAUUGCACCCACUUUCGUUUUACCAAGCUCUGGUCCAAAAGCAGAGAGUCCGUCUUGCGUCUUCCCAUUCAUCUACAAUGGCGCAACCUACAGCACAUGCACAAGUGAGGGCAUGAAUGAUGGGAGCUUCUGGUGUGCUACCAGCAGCAACUUUGACAUGGAUAUGGAAUGGAUGUACUGCAAUGUCACAGGGCCAGAUCCAAAUGUAGAGGGCCCAUCUUGCGUCUUCCCAUUCAUUUACAAGGGCAAGUCUUAUAGCACGUGUACCUUGGAAGGCAUGAUUGAUGAGAUAUUCUGGUGUGCCACCACCAGCAACUAUGACAUGGACAAGAACUGGAUGUACUGCAAUGUUACAGGGCCAGAUGAUACUGUGGAAAGUCCACCUUGUGUCUUCCCAUUCAUCUUCAAGGGCAAGUCUUACCACACUUGCACCACAGAUGGGCAGAGCAGCGGGAGUUUCUGGUGUGCCACCACCAGCAACUAUGAUGCAGACAAGAAAUGGAAGUUCUGUGAGGACCCAGAUCCAGACCCAAAUGUAGAGAGUCCAUCUUGCAUUUUCCCAUUCAUCUACAACGGCAAGUCAUUCAGCACAUGCACAAGGGAGGGCAUGAGUGACGGAAGCUUCUGGUGUGCCACCACUAGCAACUAUGAUGUGGAUAAGAAAUGGGCUUACUGCAAUGUCACAGGACCAGAUAUGAGCGUGGAAACUCCCAGGUGUGUCUUCCCAUUCAUUUACAAUGGCAAGAACUACAGCGGUUGCACAGAGGAUGGACGGAAAGAUGGGAAACUCUGGUGUGCCACCACCGGCAGCUACGAUGAAGACGAGAAGUGGAUUUUUUGCACUGUCACAAAAACAGGAUGUGUUUUUCCUUUCAUCUAUAAGGGAAGGUCUCACCACAGCUGCACCACUCUGGAUCACCUUGAAGGGAGAGCCUGGUGUUCGACCACUCCAGACUACCACACUGGCUUGCAGUGGAGAGUAUGCAACGCGACGGACUGUGUCUUCCCCUUCGAAUAUCAAGGCAAGUCAUACAACAGCUGCACGAGGGAUGGGCGGGCUGACAAGAGGCGCUGGUGUUCCCUCGCUAGCAAUGCUGACACUGGCAAGACCUGGAUCCUGUGCUGAUUCUGGGAAGGGAACUUCAGGCUGGCCUCUGAGGGCUAACCAAGGCAUAAGCCCAGAAGCAAAACAGCAACAACAAUAACAAAACUGUGAUUGCGUUCACAUAUAUAUACCAAGACAAAACACAGAAGAACCGAAGUAAAUCUAUCUAAUGUAUAAACAUAUAUUAUU